UUCCGUGAAGCCGUCGAAGUGAGGGUUGUACUCGAUUCAGUCGCUGUCGUCUUGAUUAGAAAUUGUUAGUUUGCCUUAACUGAAGUUAAAGUUUUAUCUAACUGUAAAUGAGCUCUACGGAGUUUAUUCUUAAAGUUUAACUCUGUUCAUGCUGAUUUAGUUAAGUUUGGCCUUCAACUGGUAGAAGAUCUGAAAGAGGAAAUGUCUGCUUCUCUGACUGUUGCGUCACUCGUGUUUGUGCUGGAUUCCAUCUUCAGUGUUUCUGCAGGUCAGAGAAACAUUCCAGCUGAACCAGAAGACAACGUCAUUCUGACAUGUAGAGCAGCUGAGAACAAAGAUGUUAUAGUUGUAGAGUGGAGGAGAACUGAUCUGGAGUCAGAUCAGCCUGUUCUUCUGUACAGAGACAAUUGGUUAGAUCCAGAUUUCCAGUCUUCAUCCUUUAGGAACCGGGUGUCUCUGCUGGAUGUGAAGAAUGGAGACGUGUCUUUGGUUCUGAAGAACGUGACGACUGAUGAUUGCGGAACAUAUGAGUGUCGAGUCGUUCAGGGAGGAAAUAAUCGCAGGAAGAGAUAUAUUCUGAAGACUGAGCCCAUCAGCACCUUUAACCUGAGAGUUGAAGCAGGUCAGAGAAACAUCACAGCAGAACCAGGAGACAACGUCAUUCUGACAUGUAGAGCAGCUGAGAACAAAGAUGUUAUAGUUGUAGAGUGGAGCAGAACUGAUCUGGAGUCAGAUCAUUAUGUUCUUCUGUACAGAGACAGACAGUUUGAUCCAGAGGGUCAGUCCCCAUCCUUUAAGAACCGGGUGGAUCUGCAGGACGUGAAGAAUGGAGACGUGUCUUUGGUUCUGAAGAACGUGACGACUGAUGAUAGAGGAACAUAUGAGUGUCGAGUCGUUCAGAGAGGAAAUAAUGAAUUUAUGUCCAUCUGCAUCAUUAACCUGAGAGUUGAAGCAGGUGAGUCUGUCUGUGGAUCAGAAGCUCCUGCAGCUUCCUGGUUGUUGAUGGAAGAGAGAAACAGAUCAGAUGUUAGAUGAUGGAGAUGGACAGAAAGACUUCAAUGAAUCCUGGUUUUCAUUUCUGACAGAACCAUCCUAGAACUGAACAAUUUGACAGUUUUCUUCCAGAAAGUCCAACAGAAAUGUAGAACGUCAUCCAGCUGCUUUGAUUUAGUUCAAGAAGCAUCAGAUGCUGCUUUGCUGCUGCUGCUGCUGCUAAAAUCAUCUAUUAUUACAGUUCUACUGAUGUGCUCUAAGACAUUUAUUUAUUAUUGAAGACAUAGAAACAAAUGUGGAGAAUCAGAAGAUAAAUGAGGGCUGGCAGUGACUCUGUUUAAAAUCAGUCUCCAUGUCAUUCCAGUCAUUUACCAAUCAGUUGAUUUCAGGUAAAGAUGCUGAAAUCAAUGCAGAAUAAAGUCUAUUUCAGUCCCCAGUAGUCAGACAUCAGAUAUGUAGAGCAGCAUCAUGUGAUCUGCUCCUGGCCAGCACCAAGAUGGACUCCUGGCUUUCAGAGAACAGCUUCUGGAUCAGAGGAUUGUUGCUGUUCUGGAGCAGAACAGCAACAAUCCUCCAGAACUUUCCUCAGGAUCCUGUUAAAGGUGGAGAAAGAUUUCUACCAUCAAGCUGUUUAGUCACUUUAAGCAACAUGACAAGCUGCAGAGCUGCACUACAAGGUCACCUUCAAGAACUGCUGCUAUGGUCUGCUGCUGUCUACAACAUUUAAUCUAGUGGACCUUCAGAGGAGGGAGCGUAAUAGAAAGGUGGAGGAAACAGAGCUGGAGAUGCUGAUGAGACUCUGGAGGAAGCAGCUGCUCUGAGAUCAGAGAUCAGUAGAUGAUGUGGGACAGCAGCUUCUCUAUCGUCUCCUAGCUGAAACAUCAGACUAACUCCUGAUUCUCUUCUGCAGGGAACGAGGAUGGAGGAAACAAGGAUGGACAAAAGGAGGAUGGAGGGAG